AUGAGGAGGAGGGCAAGUACCGCCUGCUCGUGGCGAACGUCGGGGACUCGAGGGCGGUGCUGUGCCGCGCCACGGACAGGCGCGGGCAGCUGGGGGCGCUCAGGCUAUCGCAGGACCAGAAGCCCGACCGAGAGGACGAGAAGCAGCGGGUGCAGGCCAAGGGUGGCGAGGUCGGGUUCCAGGGGGAUCUUCCUCCCCGAGCCGGUGCGCUUCGGCGGCCGCCUGAUCCCGCGCUGGGGCCUGGCUGUCUCGCGCUCGUUCGGGGACCUGCUGCUGAAGGAGCCGGAGAACUACGGCUGCAGCAAGGUCACGCCGGGCGGGCUGGUCUCCGCCGAUCCCGAGCUCCACGUGGUCGACGUCGACCCCGCCACCGACAGGUUCCUGGUGCUGGCCUGCGACGGCAUCUGGGACGUGCUGCGGGACGAGGACGCCGUGGCCGUAUGCGCGGGGCAGGCCGGGGCCGAGCUGGCCGCGCACUCCCUGGUGCCCGGCUCAGCCUGCCCGGCUCGGAGCGGCGACAACCUGACCGCCCUGGUGGUCUCCUGGCGCGACGCGGAGUGCGCCUUCGGCGGCCAGGCGCCCUCGGGCGGUGCGCCGCGGCGGUGCGCCGCGGCGGCCGCCGCCGCCCGCUGCGCGCUCCCGCUCCCGCUGGGCGCUGCCGGAUGGGGCGCCCGCGGCGGCAGCGCCGCGCGCCCGGGUGCCGAGCCGCCGAGCCAGAGCCCCGAGCCCCGAGGCCUUCCCCCGUGCGGCCCGCACAUCCGGAGCGCCCACAUCGCCCACAUCGCCAAUCCGGAGCGAUCCUUCGAUCUCAUCCGCUCGGGCCCCAUUCCAGUCCUGCGCUGCGUCUGCGUGGUGGUGUGGCCGCCAGCUCUGCGCUGCGAGCGCCCGCCUGUGGCUGCGGGUGCUCGGUCUGCUCUCGUGCGGCUCAGUGGCCCGUUUGCCAGACCGGCGGCGGACGCCUCGGGCGAGCGCCCCCUGCAGGCCGCCCUGCUGGUUGCCGCCCUGCUCGGCCCGUGCCUCGCGGGCGCGUCGCGGCUGAAGUCGGCGAGCGGCGCCGGCGAGGGGUGCAAGGCACAGGCUGAGUUCGACAUCAUGAUGUGCACGUCUCACAUGUGCACCGACUGCAAGCUGGACUGGUGCAUGACGGCGUGCCAGAAGCUCCAGGAGGACUACCCGGCCUGCAAGUGCGAGCACUGGGACGCGGACACCUACAGCGGUCAGUCGGAGCACGCUGGCAAGGGCACUCUGGGCGACACGGGCGACUACUCGAAGCCCAUCGCUUGA